GAUAUCAGAUCAACCUGAGACCUUCUGCUUACUGACAAACACCAUGAAGAUCUUCGUCUUUCUCUGCUUCGCUCUGAGUUUCAUGGAUCUGUGUCUCUGUGGAGAUCCAAUAAACAUCACAGCAGAAUCAGGAGAGAACGUCACUCUGAUAUGUAGAGCUGACAGGAACGGAAAAGUUUUAGCUGUAAAGCUGAUCAGAGACGACCUGAAACCACGAUAUGUAUUUCUCUACAGGGAUGAGCAGAUUGAUGUAAAUCUCCAGAACCCUCAGUAUUUGGGCCGAACAGAACUCCUCAGCCAUUACAUCACUGAUAGAAACGUCAAUGUGACUAUAACCAAUGUGACAGAGAAAGACAGUGCAGUGUAUGAAUGCCGUGUUCAGACUGAAAUAAAUGGAUCAAAAAGCAACUCAGAAAGCACCUUCAUCCACCUUCAUGUAGCUGCUGCUCCUGCUGCUCCUCCAGGAACCAUGGAUGGAAACAGAGGAGAAGGAGGGAAUGAAGAUGGAGUCAGUCGAGGUCAUGUUGGCCUGAUGGUCUUUGCUGUUCUUGCUCUAGUUUCUCUCAUUGUUUUCAUGGUGAUGAUCAAAGUUAUCAGGAGGAAGAAGAUCAAUACUCCUUCUCCCCCUGAUGAUGCAGAGACACCUCAGCUGAUCUGACUGAAAGUUGAUGUUUCAGGAUCAUCAGUCAAAGCAGAGACAUUGUCUUUAGUCAAUAAGAACAUGGAAAUAUCAGGUUUUAUUAAAUAUAAAUGUGACAAAAACAAUGAAGAUCAAUAACUUGCACAGUUCUUUUCCACAGCUGCAUAAGGACCAGACCGUCUUGCCUCUUGUUUUCCGUCCUAAUCAUUGUAUAAAAACUUACAUAUUGUAAAUCUGGGAGAUCUUAUUGAGCUGGGUUAGACUUGAAUCCAGACCAGCUUGAUUUUCUUAUGAGCUCUCAUGAUUGUGCACAAUGCAUCAAUAAACCUGAUUGAUUGGUUCUACCUGAA